GUUGAAAUAGAACGUCACGUUGGAUGCCCUGUUACACCCAUGUUUCGUGUGCAUAACUUGGUGCUUUGCUAGGGAUCGAGCUAAUCCAGAGUCCAGAGUAAAAAUAUGUUGCGGAGAGGGCUGCGCGGCGCUCGAACACUCGUUGGCGCUGUCCUUGAGCUCAACACACAGCAAGCAGCUAGUAAUCCUUUAGCAUUAGCAACCGCAUCAUCGGCUCCAAGCACUUCAGCAUCGUGCACCUCUCGACACGCAGCAGCCCUCCAAUCGCGGGUGUGGCUUAGCCACGCAGCGGUGCAACAUGUAGCAACUCCGCAUACAUACACGCUUACUAUUACAACGGGCAACCUACGUGGCGCGGGCUCCCUGACGCCAGCUUGGGUGCAACUGGUCGGCACACAAGGGAAGUCUGAGCGAAUCAUUGUCGGAGACACCGAGGAGGACAGCCUGGGCCGCGGAACCGUGCGGACAGUGACAGUAACGGUGUCAGAGGACUUGGGACAGCUGCGCUUUGUCAACGUGCAGCGGCUGGGCUCGAGUAUAAGCGAUGCCGGGACAGGCUGGUACCUAGAGCACGUGGUGGUGGCCACGCCCGAGCGCCGCCGCCUGGUGUUCCCCUGCCACGCCUGGUUUGGCGAGGCGGACUGCGGUGGCAUGCGCGGGCCGCUGGAGCGGAACCUGCUGCCGGUGUCGCCGGAGGACAGCAAGGAGCGGGGGGAGCCGGUGCGGAUCGUUGCGUCGGGGUUAGCGGUGCCGCACCCCGACAAGGUGAAGAACGACGGGAUAAAGGGCGUCAACCGCAAGGGCUACGGCCACGGCGGCGAGGACUCCUACUUCUACUGCGAGGGCAAGAACCACGUGUUUGCCAUGGGUGUGGCUGACGGCGUGUUCAUGUGGCGCGAGCAAGGCAUCGACAGCGGCGACUUCAGCCGGGCGCUCAUGCGGCUCAGUGAGGCGUCCGUGCUCAGCGGCAGCGCAGACGUGGUCAAGGUGCUGCAGGACGCGGCGUCGGGCGCGGCGGCCGCCGGCAUCCAGGGCAGCAGUACGGCCUGCGUGGUUCUGGUCAACCAGGAGCGCGGGCAGCUACUUGCAGCCAACCUGGGCGACAGCGGCUGCCUGCUGCUGCGGCCUGUAGAGGACGGCAACGCGGCGGACCAAUCGGCGGCGCCCGAAACGGCGUUGGACGACGUGGCCGAGUACAGUGCGGGGGCGAGCCCACCCGAGGCGCCGGCGGAGCGCUGGGCGCACACCGUGUACGAGGUGAAGUUCCGCACCAACCAGCUUGAGCACGACUUCGGGCGGCCCUACCAGUUGGGGCACCACGCCAAUGCGGACACGGUGGACAAAUGCGACGUGGCCACACGGGCGGUACGUCGCGGCGACGUGUUGGUGUUGGGCACGGACGGGUUGUUGGACAACUUGUCAGACGUGGAGAUUGCCGAGGAGGUGGCGGCGUGCAGGGGGCGCGGCCAGGGGCCCAGCAUCAUCGCGCAGCGCCUCGCGCGCCUGGCCUUUGAGGCGUCGUACGACAAGGGCCGCGUCACGCCGUACGCGGUGGCGGCGUCGGAGCACUUUGACAUGGUGUACUCGGGCGGCAAGCCGGACGACAUAACCGUGCUGUGCGCCGUGUGCGAGUAGUCGUAGUGGUGCGGGGUGGUGCUUGUUGCUGGCGAGGAGGAGGAGCAGGAGGAGGAGCAGGAGGGGGCUGUGGAGGCGCAGCGGCUGGGGCGGUUGGGCGGCUGGGCGGCGGUGCGACUGCUUCAAGUGGAAGGGCGGUGUGGCUGCGCUGCCGCCCACAAGGUGGGGCAGCAGGUGUGGCGCAGCCGCUGGGCGUGCGCUAGCAGGGUGGUCGUGCAGGCGCUUUGGAGUCCUUGUCCCCCCGUUGUCCUCUCAGUGCCGGAAAUCAGCUCGGUCCCCUUCAUUGCUGUGUUUGCUGUGUUUGCUGUGUUCCGGGCAGCAGGUCUGUUGUGUGUGUUUCAAACGACAAGUUUGCGUGUGUGUCUGUGUGAUACCAUAGUGUGUUGCCAAGAAUGUACUUUGGUGCGGUCGUGUGUUCGCGAACCGGCACAUGCGAGCGCCGGACCGUUGAUUCGCAUGGCCGUCUAAGAGGCCGUAUGCGGCGCGUGGGGGGUAGCUCGACUUUUGCUCAACUGCGCAGAAAGCCCUGCAAAGGGGGCCUUAGACUGCAGUCAUACAGGCGGUGAUGGCACCUAGCCCCAUCAUUGGAACUUUAUUAUGCGCAUUGCUGGUGCUCAGCUGCUGGUGCUUGACGGCGGCGCGAGCUAUAGCUCGUAGCUUUGUAGCUAUAGCGGCUACCGGACGGAUGCUCGUGUGGGCAUAUGACCUCGCCGGGAACGGAGAAGGCCAUUGAACAUGCAGAGGCGGCUUUCAGAUUAGUAGCUGGAUGUCGUGUAUGGCCGGAUGGGUGGAUAAGGCCUGAUAGGGGACAGGGCCGCGUCUCGCGUUCACCUUUCGCACUCAGGAUUCACAUACCUCAGAGUGUAGGGCCGUGCCACCUUGCCAAUGUCGAUGAUUAUUGAAGGCUGACUAUCGUUACAUGUGUUGUGAGGCCGCAGUUCCCUACUGGCGCUUAGGGUGCGACUUCGAGAGCUCAUAGAGAAGGACGAUGUUACCUGAAUACAA